ACAUCAAAGCAAGCCACAAUCACUCGCAAAAGUGUAGUGCAACGUGAAGUAACUUUGUUUAAUUUUAAUAAGUUUAUUUAAUUAAUACUGUGUGUGUUGUGUGAGUGUUAGGACUGUUAGGUAUAUUAUUAGGUCGACAAAGUUUUUCAUUAAUUCGAUAUUCGUGUGAAGAAGUACCCGCGUUGGAGUAAUUGUAAAACUAAAAAAUAUAUUACUCAUCUCACAGUGUCCAGGGAACUUAACAGACAGCUGCACCAGCACCCAACUUGGUAUAAAAAAAAAAUAUGCAAAAUACUUCAAACAAAGCAUACUUGGCAGAACAGAAGUACUUAUAUGAAUUUGAACUGGUUUCUUACCUAAAUAAUUCCAAACAAAAACAAUUCACUCAAAGAAUGAAGCUAAAAGAGUAUAAAAUUAUUGAGAAGGAAAAAGCUGUUGCUAGACCACCUUCACAGUAUAAAUUUGGUAGAUCAACAACACAAAUUUUAGAAAUGCUUAUUACCCAACAGCUUUCAGGGGGAUUUCAUAAUAUUGUUGGUAAAGGAAUAAACUCUGUAGUGAUACAUGCACAUUGUCAUGGUAAUUAUCACACAUACUUUCCAGACGGAAAUGCUGUUAAAGUAUACAGAUUGAGUAAUUGUGUAGAAAAAAACAAUGCUAUAUAUAAGCGUGUGCAAAGAGAAAAUGAACAUUUGGAGAUUUUACGGAGUCAGUAUUUUUCUAACAACACUCCACAUCCAGUGUAUAGAAAUAAUAAUGUUAUUAUUAUAAGUUUCAUUGGAUCAAAUCAGGAGACUGCACCAUCUAUAUCAACACUCCCAUCUGAGAAGUUUAAUGAUACUUACAAUGAAAUUGUGAACGAGAUAGACACCUGGUAUAAUAAAUUGGGUUUAGUACAUGGGAGUCUCUCUGCAAGUAAAAUUAUUUGGGUGAAUAAAUUAUAUUUCAUAGGAUGGACACAUUCUGUGAGGAAGGAUCAUCCGAUGGCCUUAAGAAAGCUAAUGAAAGACUGCCAAUUUGUUUCAAUGUUUUUCAAAAGCAGAGGAGUCUCAGUGAAAAGUGCUGAAGAAUUGUUCAAGUCAGUCACAGGGCUCGAGAAGAUUAGCAGCAAAAUUCUAGAAGUAGUACAGAAAGAUUUAUGGAAGGAUCCGCAGACGUCCAACCCGAACAGAAGAAGUACUCGGGAUUUUAAAACCACUCAGAAUCGUUUUAAAUGUUAACAGAAUAAAACUAAUUGAUCAUUUAA